AUGAGCACCACUGUAUGUGAAGUAUUCACUGAGUAUCUGAUCGAUGAAGAUGAAUUUAUUCAUGUAAUAUACGAUGACGAAACAUUAGAAAAUGAGAAUCACACAGCGAAUGACGAUGUCAAUACAUUUCAAAAACAAUCUGCCUAUACAAAAGAAGAAGUACUUAAAAUAAAAACUUACAAUAAGAAUAUUCUCAAAAAAAAAUAUGCUCAAAAAAUUCAAAAAAAAAGAGCCGGAUACCGUUUCAAAGAUGAGUCUAAAAAUGAAUUAAAAAAAAAUAUCAACAAUGCCCAACAAAAUGCAAAUGCACUAUUCAUGGAAAUAAUAAAUGAAAAAAAUGAACGAAUCAGAAAUGGAAAUUUUGUUAAUACAACACUUUCAAGUUAUAACGUAAAGAAUCGAAGUUUAACGGAAAGAAGGCUUUUGGCAGAUUUAGAGAUAAACAGACUUUUAAAUAAAUUGGGUUUUAUUGAUCCAUCUUUAGCCAACAUAUGGU